AUGGUAAAUUAUCUUAUUAAAUUAUUAAUAGUAAUAACAAUAAUAAUAGCAACAACAAUAGCAAUAGCAAAAACCAUAGCAGCAAUAACCAAUCACCAACCAACAAUAAUAGAAAUAAGAUAAGGGAUUUUUAGCCAAGUUAUUCGAUUGA